AUGACAUGCUUGGAUGCUUGGAAUCUGAACAGUCAAUUUCAGAUGCUGGAGGAAGUUAAGGUUUUUGAAGCAGAUAGUGACUCGGAUCCAUUUGACUUAAAUGAGUCAUCUUUGGUGGAAGAAUCAUAUAGCGAUAGUCUCUCCUCUGUAGAUGAAAUUCUAGAGUCAAAAGAGAAGAAAAACCCAAGGACUGUGAAGUGGUCAAAGGAAGAUACAGCAGAUUUGAAAUCUCAUUUUAGAAAGUACAUAUUUACUCAGAAAGACAAUAACACAGGGAAUCUACCAUGUAAGAAAGAAAGUAAGGACUUCCUGAAGACAAAUAAUAUAUCAUCAUUGUUUUGCCUCGGACUAGAAUGUCGCGACGUCAUUGGAUGAAACGCGUCACGUGGCUGCCUUACAAAUUUCUUUAAAAGGCAAGCGUCAAAAUUUAUAGGGCAACAUGGCAGACGUAACGUUAUUUGAACUGAUUUUCUACACAAACGUUUGUUUACAUAUCAAACUUUAGGUCCUCGACAAAACAAAACACUUAUUAGGUUUGUUACUGACUGUUUAAAGUCAGUAACAAACCUAAUAAGUAAUAUUAGAUGGUCUUCAUAUGAAGACAACAAUUUCCAAAGCCAGAACAAAGAUUUUUAAUGAGAGAAAAACAGCGAGGCUAAGAACUUCCAAAAAACUCGCAGAGUUGGAGUUGGUGGCUAUAUGAACAAUUUAAAAAUGAACAUGACUUGUGAAUAUGCAUAUGAAUAGUAUGUAGUUUUCUAGUCAGAUAUUAGCAAUUAGUACAUCUCAUGGGGGAGUGGUCACGAUUUUUGUCAGAUUUUUAUUUUUGUAUUUUUUAUUGUUUAUAAUGCAUUAGUAUAAUGCAUUUCUAAUGACCAACCACAAUUUGAGUGUUAGUUGUAGUGUUAUAAGCCAGAUGCAGAGCUUCAAUUCUUUGUUUUGUAAGAAGGCUUGUGUCUUAUUUUUUUGACUUACAUUGGUUCAAUACACCGGUAAAAGUUCUUUUUCAAGCUGAUUUUUUUUAUCUGCUAAUUUGUUUUGUACAUCAAUAAACAGCUCCUUGUAUUUGUCAAAUUCAUUUCAUGUCUUAACCUGGAAUUUCAAAAUGUAAACAAACACAUGGCACAAGUCUUGUUUACAUUACUUAUGUUACCCUUGUGUACCAAUGAACAUCAUAUUAUUUAGUUUUAACAGUCUUGCUCAACUAAAAGUGCAAAGUGUUGAAAAAAAAGUUUGGUUAAGAAUCACUUUGUAACUGACAGACUGCAUUAUAUUUGCUGAAUUAAAAAUUCAGCUUUGAGCUAUGAUUGAAUGUAGACUGGUCAUUCAAGGGAGAAAUGAAAGACAUUGACUAAAAUGCUCCACAUUGUUGUAAUUCUCUUUGACUUUUGCUCAAGAAUUUUUGAAAACAGUACAAUUGAUGUUUUAAUUUUUAUGUUGUUUUUAAAGAAAUGAAUAAUAAGUUGGAACAAAUUGAAUUUUUCCUAUAAAAUUGUUUGAAUAUGUAAUAAAAGAAUUUUAGAAAGCCCAA